CUUCCUCCCUCCGCCAGCAGUGGCCCAGGCUGUCCUGGCAGCUGUCGGCCUGGGAAAUGUGGUUGCAUAAUCAUGCUUGAUCAGCUGAGUUGGGAGGAGCAGCAGACGCUGGCUUUGGCUGGAGAGGAGGGGAGGGGAGAGCCGCAAAGCAAUCCGAUUUCCAAGAAAGAGAAUCGUAAGUUAGGUUGCACGAGGUAAACAACAUCUGUAUUCUGGUGGGGUUGUUUGUACUCUUGCUGCAGAAGACUGAGCCAGGCAGCUUGGCCUAAGGCUAUUCAAAAGCCUCACCCCCUGAGCCACUGGUUCGAAUGAAAUGGGAACACAGACCUUCCAACGUCGAGGGAAAGGAGAGUGGAUGGAAAAGGAGCAGGAACCCAACCGGACGCCUCCAGCAUCCCAACCGUUUCGUCUUGUGGCAUGUGCAUUACUAAUAAUGGGAUUAUUUCUAAUAGCGGUAGCGAUUGGGUGUUGCUAUGUCAUUCGUUUCCAGAAGACAGACAGGAUGAAGAUUGAGAAGUUGGAGUUACGAAAGGAUGGGUUUACCAUCAAAAACCAGGGUGGAGACAUCAUCUUUGUGUUGACCUUUCAGUCUGGUGUCCUUGACCUGGAGUCCUGCUUCCAGGAAAAGGAAAUGUUAACUUGUACCAGGGCAGAUAAAAGAAAGAUUCGUUUAAUUAUCAGGGCAAUUAAGCCAAAGAGGGCAGUGAUCUGCUACUCCAUCAGCUGGGAAGAGUUGAUAGUAGACACAGUGGUGGAGCACAAAAUAUUCUGGGGGGAUGCUCACUGGUAUGGGGGUUAUGAGAUGAGCGUCCAGCACUGGCCAAUCAAGCUGCCAGGAUGCCAGGAACCUAUGCCCUUCGUGACCAGCGAUGUGUAUUCUUUUAGGAACAGCUUUGGGGGGGUCUUGGAGAGGUACUGGUUGUCCUCCAAAGCAGUGGCUAUCAAGAUCAAUGACUCUGUACCCUUCCACCUUGGGUUCAAUGCCACUGAACCAUCUCUUGUUUUUCAAGCCAGGUAUAAAGAUUCCCCAUAUGGUCCUUUGUUGGAGGAGCAGUCUUUUCCAGGGUUAUAUUAUCAUGUCUGCGUAGCUCCGGAUGUGACUUCUGCCCAUAAGUACAUGGCCCAGAAUUAUUUCAAGAAACCUUUGAAAGUACCUUCCGAAGAAAUGUUCAGAUUUCCCAUCUGGUCAACAUGGGCACUUUACAAAAAGGAGAUUAAUCAAACUAAAGUUCAGGAAUUUGCCCACAUGAUUCGGAAGUAUGGCUUUAAAGCCAGCCACAUUGAAAUAGAUGACAUGUAUAUGCAGAAUUAUGGUGACUUUGACUUUGACCCUUUGAAGUUCCCUCGCGCAACAGAAAUGUUUGAAAAGCUUAAGAAAGACGGAUUUAAUGUUACUGUCUGGAUACACCCAUUUGUACAUAAAAAAUCGCCAAACUUCAAGGUAGGAAUAGAGAAACAUUUUUUGGUCACACAACGAAAAGAGAGAUUACCUGCCAUGGUCAAGUGGUGGAAUGGUGUUGGAGCCAUAUUCGAUUUCACCAACCCUUUGGUCAGAGAUUGGUUUCACGCACACUUGGAGGAGCUCUGCUUAAAAUAUGGCAUAUCCUCCUUCAAGUUUGACGCCGGUGAGACCUGCUAUCUUCCCAAAGAGUUCACCACCUUCCAGCCCCUUCUGGAUCCCAGCAUCUGGUCCAGGUAUUAUGCAGAAAUGGCCAGCCCUUUUCACGAGCUUGCAGAAGUUCGAGUUGGUUACCAGUCCCAACACAUCUCGUCUUUUGUUCGUAUUAUUGACCGGGACUCAGUUUGGGGAUAUGAGCUGGGACUAAAGUCCAUCAUUCCCACAGUAUUAAACAUUGGCCUUCUGGGAUACCAUUUCAUAUUACCAGAUAUGAUUGGUGGAAAUUUUAUUCCAAAUAAAACUGAGGGAGCUGUUGACAUUCCAGACCGAGAGCUCUACAUCCGUUGGCUCGAGUUGUCUGCCUUCAUGCCGUCUAUGCAGUUCUCCAUCCCCCCCUGGCUCUACGAUAAGGAGGUCAUAGAAAUUGCCCUGAAGUUCACCAGGCUUCACGAGUCCUUG